GCAAAGGGCAGAAUGUGGACACAUGUAAAAAGGGAAGAAAGCAGGAUAAAUAAGGUCCACACUUGGAGAUCUGAAGGAUCUUGCUCAGCAUAGUUGCUGCAGAGGAAAAUGAGCAUGAGUUACCUACUUUCGGUGUUUGUGAAGGAGCUGCCUGGCUUCAUUCUCUUUGCUGGGAUCUUUAUGCCCGUGACUUUACUCCUGCUGCUGCUAAUUGCCUACUUCAGGAUCAAACUGUUAGAAGUUAAUGAGGAACUGGCCAUGGCACAAGACCCCAGAAAAGUCCUCCUGAAUUACCAUGGCCCAGGGCAGAAACCCAGGAGACCUGGACAAAAAGAGAACAAAUGCAAGAACUGAAGGACGUUUAAGCGAGUCUCACAUAUAGGGAACCAAGCUUAAACCCAGUAUUCAGCUGUGCAGGUUGAAAAAUAACCAGCUAUAGAUAAAUACCACGGGGGAAAACAAAAUGGAGAGAGGAAAUUAGUGCUGUGCGGUACAAUGAAACAGCUGCUGCCCUUCAAAAGGCUCUUGUAGCAGUUUUGCUUCCUCACACGAGGCCAAGCAAGCAGCACUUCAUGCUACUCAUCGGGCAGCAGAGACCUCCUGCAACGUACUGCAUCAGUUCCCUUGGGUGGCACAGGAUCUGGGGGGGAAGCACCUGGCUCGCUGGCCCUUCCUACCACACUGAGAAGAAAACUACGUAACAAGCUCCUGAGAGAGCUGAGCUAGCAUAUGCAAGGGAGGCAGUCUUAUUAAAUUGAAGAUGCAUAAAUAGCGAAUUCAUAUCAAGCACUGACAUCUAGGAAAUUGAGAAGGGUGAUGAAGGGGAACUGACUUUUUUUUUUUUUUAUUAGCUUGUACACUUUGGGAAAGAUUGUAGGUUUUCUAAAUAUGUUUCCCAUAGAAUUUGGAAGCAAAAUAUAACAGUGAUGGGAAACAAAAGGACUUCUCUCUGCUGACUGACCAUGCCAAAUUUUGAAACCAUGAAAAGAUUGUUAGUAUUCUGUAAACCAUUUACUAUUCUAGUUUAAGGACAAAUGGAUGACUUUUCAAAUGAAAACCCCAUAAGUGUGGAGUUUCUUUUUGUGUGUGUCAUUUGUCAUACAUAAAAAAAAUCUUUUCCCCUGUAGAUGUACAAUUUUUAGUGCAUCUGAGUUGGCUGUGGCAGACGGCCCACAAAAAUGCAACUCAAACUGUUUGAAAGUACUAUUGCCUGUUGGUUUCUCUGUUUCUGACUCUCAACUUUAAGCCUAAACUGAUGAAGACUGCGAAGUGACUACCAUUACUGUCCCCGGUAUUUACUGUCCCUAUCUGCUGGCAAUUACCUUUCAUUACAGCUGUUUGUCAUUACCCUCCCUGCAAGACCAGAGUGGAUAAUGCCUUGUCUGAGAUUUGGGUGUUUUUGCACAAUUUUUGGUUCUCAUAGACUUUUAAGAACUCCUUUGAAUCAUUUUAUAAAAACCCUAAUGAGGCCAUGGCUGCGGGUUUAAGAAACACUGUAAUUUAUCAAAGUCUACAGGAAGAAAACAGGAGUCAAACAGCAAGUACCUUUACUAUAUGUAAGAGUCCUCUAUCACAUUUUAAUACUAUCCUGUUUUUAAAGAUAUAUAAUUCAUCACACUGGUUUACAUCUAUGCAAAUAACAGAAUACAUUGGAUUGAACAGGGGAUGAGCCAAUUGUUUGUUACUCGGCAAGAGCUACCUGUAUGUUUUGUGUAGUAAAAGUAAAGGUUAGGAAGCUUAAAUGCAAGUACCUCUAAUUAGAUCUGGUAGCCUCUAUUUAGGCUCACAAAAGAAUUACCUGUGUUUGAAAGUGCAAAGUAUUUUGUAAUUCCUUUUGACAUCAGCAGAAGGUGCUAGGUGGAAAAAGGCAGGCAUUUAUUCGGAAGUUGCAGCACUAACGUGAACAGCAAUAAUUAAAUACAAGAUGGACAUACAGACUUUGACUUCAAAGGAAACAACCCUGUAAGACAACCACAGCAAAACCUGGAAGAGUGAAGACAGUGAACCCAAGUUUAUCUCAGUCAGCUGGCAGAGGAAUCUGCAGUUCAGUUGUCGGGCUCCCCACCUCCAGCUGGCACUUCACCCCGGAUGCCCAUUAACAGGCUCCGUGUGUGUGUCAAAGAUGCCCCACCUGAGAUCAUGCCAGAAGUGCUUUCCCCAUAUUCUGCAAUCAAAAUGCUUUUCUUCUGAUUUUACUCUUUGUAUAAACUUGUUCUUCCCGGUAAGAGCAAAGCAUGCAGUCCUUUGGUUCUUAAACUUCACACCAGAAAUUUCAUUUGACUAGCAACAAACACGAUGUGUUUCAGAGAGCACAAGGAAAGAGGCACCCCAAAGGCAGCUCUCAGGAGGAAAUCACAGUAACUCCCUAUCACCCAGCUGUUGAGAGGACCUUACAUCUGCAGCUACUCGGGGCGCUGGGGAGCACCUGCUCCCUGACCUCCUCUCACACCUGGACUUUUACAUCGCCUGGCAGGCCUGGUACGACAUAGUCCAGAGCAGUGCACGCUUUCUUUACAUCUAGUGCCUGGACUUGACUGUAAAGGCAGAGAGUCUCAAAAAGCGUCAGUAUCAGCAUAGUCCUACCUCUAGUCAACUCUGCUCUUGCACUUAGCGCUGGCGCAAUGCAAACAAAAUAAUGCUGCUCUCAUUGAAAGAUCCAUCAUGAUCCCAUGAAAGCAGUGAUGAUGGGAAAGAAUGUGAUGCUAGGUUUUAUUUUUAAUGCUUCUAAGCUUAGAUCUCUGUCAUUAUGUAAAGUAUUUAAGGUUGACUAAAAAAAUAACAAGAGACAGUUAUUAUGCAGUCAGAAGUGUAUUUAUGAAUACUUAUGUGACACAGAUUGAGAGACCAAGAUGUAAUACAUAAAGAUUCUUAAGAAAAGUGGUGUUAACUCAUACAGCUAUCAUUUAUUAACAGAGGUAGAAAGGUCUGCUCUUCUGGUUACACAGGUAAUGGUUUCUUCAGCGUCAAUGUUCCCAUAGGCUGUAACGUUAAAGGUCAAACACACCGCAGACAGCAGACAUCCAAAGGUUAAAGCCAGGUAUAAUGUCAUGUCUAAGGAGAGAGAUCUGAAAGUUUGCUUCUAAUGAUCCACCUCUGCUUACAGCUCUCUCACCUAGAAAACCCAUGGUAUGUAAUCAAUGAGCCUGACCUACUGGCCUGCGGCCAUGACUCUGCGCUGUACCUCUCCAGAGGUACGCUAUUUCAUCAUUCGGUAUUGAAGUGUCCGACAAUUUCCUCAGAAGCAGCUGGCAUAGAUCCUUGCAACCCGCAGCACAUACCGCCAAUGGAUUCAGUAUCCUGUUCUAUGGAACAGUUCUUCUUUUCCCAUAUAAUCCAUAGGUAACACAUUUUUGCUUUCUAAGUAGAUCAGCAGCUUUGGAGUGAAAAAGAGUCCGUUCUUCAGCCUCGCCAGUGAAACUAGUGUUUACCUGAGUACAUAAACUUCUGUGAUAUUGAUAUCUUUCCAGAAAACCAUUAGUCUCUGUAAUAUAUUCUUUCCUCUUUUAUUAACUACAGUCUACACAAUCCUUUGCAGGGAUGUUGAGACAGCUGCUGCAUUGACUUUUUACAUUUAAGACAGAUGCUGCCAAUAGAAAAGCAGUCAUCUUGGAUACUCAUCAGAGGUUAAAGGAACUGUAACACAGCCACCCCCCUCCACUUCCAAACACACGUUCUUCUACCAUUCAAGAAAAGAUGGGCCUGGACCAAAUGUAAAGAUGCAGAAUUGAAGUUUAGCAAGCCUUACCACAACAUAAAAUGGACAAAAUGAGUGAGAAUAGAGAGAUUUAAAAUACUGAAAAGUGAGAUCACUCUUCAACAGCACUUUAAUGUAAAAUGGUGGUAUGGAUACUGAAAAGAAUACUGUAUAGAUAUUAGGUAAGAAUUAUACAGAAAGACAGUGGAUGCCUUUGGCACAACUGCUUAUUGAGCUGUAAUUGCUAACAUGGAGGAGGAUCUGACAUUCAAGACUCAGUACCAUUGUCAUGAAAAUCCUCAGGCCUUGCUAUUUUCAGUUUCAUUACUGAGUAGCAUCAAGAAGUAUCUCUGUUUUCACGCUACCGGCAUGGUAUCUUACAUAAUUCCUUUGAAAAGGAAAAACAUGUAUUGAAAUAACACCAUAGAACUAAGCCUUUGUCUAGAUUAAUUAUCAAAGCAUUCUCUAAAUACAUAUGAACACACCGAUUGCAAGGAAAUGAUUUGUCUUCAAUUAUUGUUGUCACUGAGGAGCCCUCUGUCUCCCAGUCACGAGCAAUAGUGGGAAGCUACGAUUCCACUGCACCUACAGCCAGUCAGCAUGUUUAAAACCUCCCUGCCUACCUGUGAUUGCUUCCUAUUCACUCCCCCAAACAGAAUUUAAAGUCCCAACAUUUAAGUAGGAAAGGUACGGAGGAAGGCGGUAAGAACGAUAAAGAAUCGUGGAAUAGCUUUUGGCUGGGGAAUGACUGAGGAGAGAAUGACUGUCUGGCGUCUCUUCUAGUGCCUGCAGUGCUGCUGAAUGAAGGUAGCAGAGGCAGGCUCAAAAGAAAUGAAAGGAGGUGGGUUUUCUUAAGACACAUGGAACAGUGAAAAUGCCUGCCAGAGGAAUUGUUUAAAAAGCAAUUAGCCAAAAAUCCACCGAGGCAGAUAAAUAAGACUGACAGACCAGUAAGUCUUUGAAAAUCGCUGAAAGCUGGAAGAAUAUUUGGGGAAGUAUUACUUUCUGGUACCGUACUUAUUCCUACACACACCCCUAGGCAACCACCAGCAGCCUCAGAGAGAGGAAUCCGGGAGUGCUCGCCAUUUCCCCUGGCCAGUACAGCCGCUCCUAUAUACUCACCUCCAAAAACUCUCGUAGGAUUUGCUUCAUGCCGAGCAGAGUAAUUCAACAGUACAGGUAUUAGCAGCAUUUCAAAUACUUGUAAUUUGUACUAAUGUUACUAAUCUGAGUAAUCUAGUUGAUUUCUUCUGUGGCCACACUAAACGUUGCCAUUCAGCUUGAGCUGACAAACAGAAGAAUAUAUAAAGAAACACAUUGUACUGUGGUCGCUCACCACUUUGAGCAAUAAAUCUCGGGUUUUGUUUUUUAAAAAGUCUGUCACCAGAGUUGCUUGCUUGUCCUUUACGAAACCUUAAUCAAGGAAACAAUCUGUAACACAAUUUCAACAUUUAUUGUGAAUCCCUAUGUGAUCGUGAUUAAAAAGAUGUAUUAAGUAUUUUUGUGUAGGAUUCACAUGACUCACUUUUCUCAGUAUUUAAGCAGAAUUAGUUACUGAAAUAUCUUCUCAUUAAAUGGGCCUGUAAUUGUGUUUGAAAUUGCCAAUGUAUUAAAAAGCCAGCUUGUGAAGUGCCUC